AUGCAGGACUUGAGAGAAUCUUCACCGAAAUCGACGGACUCUGCGGAGGGCCCGUGGGAGGAACAUCCCACAUCAAAAACGCUUGAGGAACCUGAGUCUGAUGAACAUGACUUUUUGAGAGGUCCAAUGUAUUAUGAGAUGGAAGGGACUAAUUUUGAGGACACAGAGCAAUACAAACCAGGAGGUCUCCAUCCGAUACACUUGGGUGACAUUCUCGGUGGUCGCUUUGAGGUCAUCACUAAGCUGGGCCAAGGAGGGUUCAGUACCGUGUGGCUCUGCUUAGACACACAAACUCACGCUUGGAGAGCCGUGAAGAUUCUGGCAAGCCGCUUUUCAAACGAAAAUGCACCAGACCUGAAGAUCGUGGAAUUACUUGAAAAAAGUGGUGCUCAGCCUGCCGAUUGGGAAAUGGCCCAUAUUCAGCUUCCAAAGGAGCACUUCUGGUUACAAGGCCCAAAUGGUCGGCAUUUAUGUCUUGUCCUGCCCCUUCUUGGCCGGCCUAUUAAAUGCAGGAAGGAGCUUGGUCUGUCAGGUGCUGCUCUUGAUAUCGUCAAAGAUCUGCUUCUUCAAGUCGCUAAAAGUCUGCAGUUCCUGCACCGAAGCAAUAUCGUGCACGGCGACCUCCGACCUGAUAACAUCCUUCUACAACUAGAGGACACUGGUGAAAUCAGCAAAGAGGAGAUGAUUCAAAUCAUCGGGACACCUAGCGUAGAGGAAGUUGGUAGGCGCAUAGAUGAACUGCCAGGCCCUUACGCUCCAGAGUAUCUUGUUGAGCCUGCUGAUCUUUCGUCUCUUCCACACAAGAACGAGGUAGCCAUCGUGGAUUUUGGUAUAUCUUUCCACGUUGACAAUCCUCCCAAAUGCGUUGGGAUACCCUCGACAUAUGCAUCUCCAGAGGCGUCCCUCGGUCAUCCCCCAGGAAUAGGGACCGACUUGUGGGCUUAUGCUUGCACAAUACUGGACAUGCGGCGAAGCUUGACGUUCUUUGGAGGUCUCUACAUAUGGGAAUAUCUGCAAAACUUGGAGCGCAUUCUUGGCCCCUUGCCCGAACCGUUUCGAACUUGCUGCAGAACAAGAUGGGAAAAUGAUGCGAUAUUUCGCCAACAAAAACCACGCCUCUUCGACGGCACUGAUCCCAGCAUACAAGUUGACGGAAUCGAACCUUUGUUAUUUGAUUCUCUCGAAAAAUUGCAAUAUUCUAGGGACUAUGAAGCUAAGGAUAGUCAGUAUUCAGAGCCACUGAUGGUCCACAUCGGAAAGGACAAAGGCCGACAUGUUAUCGCAGAGACUGAGGACGGUGACCUGGAUUUUUCUAACUCAGUCUGGGUGCCCGAUACCAUCGACCGUGAAGAAGUCAUCAUCCUGGCAGACCUUGCCAGGAAAGUCUUUAGAUACGCUCCCGAACAGAGGAUUGGGAUUGAUGAGAUUAUGCAACACGAGUGGUUCAAGUUCAAUGAUGCACAGCUGAACGAUUCCGAUUCCGAGAACAUUGCGGUCAACAAAUUCCCCAUGUCGGAACAAGAGAAAAUCAGUGAUGAGUAUGAGGAUACCCCACUAGGAGCUGAUGUCGGGGGCUUUGGUGCUACGUUGGGAUCCAUGGCUUCAGAUGGUCCUGACAAUCAAGAGUCAUUCCCUUCUAGCCGCUACACGGCAGAUGUUGAGUUGGCCCCAACCAUCGCCAGUCUUGACGAAACUUUUUCCUAUGACAAGGGGACAGAGACUGAAGAGACGUCUGCGGCUGAUAGAGAAAGCAUUUAUCAUUUUAUAACCACAGAGGAGCGAGAAAGAGACGCAGCGGAUAAUCGACCGAGAUUCGAGGACGUAGAAGAGUAUCGGGAGGGUGGUUUUCAUCCGAUCCGUCCUAAUGACGUACUUGGUAACCGUUUCGAAGUCAUUGCGAAGCUCGGGCAUGGCCGAUUCGGCACCGUUUGGCUUUGCAUAAAUACAGAGAAAAUUAUAUGGAGAGCAAUCAAAGUCCUAGCCGCACGGUAUUCCAUGGAAGGCACUGCAGAUAUCAGGAUAAGAGAGUGGCUCGAGGAUGCUGGUGCCCAACCUACAGACUGGGAAGCAUCACAUUUACAAUUGCCGAGGGAACAUUUCUGGAUCGAAGGGAUCAACGGCCGCCACCUGGCCCUCGUUCUCCCCCUUUUCGGUCCAAGACUCAGUACCAUCAGAACUGCAGAGCCGGCGACUAUUAAGAAGCUACUUCUCCAGGCUUCACUUGGACUUCAAUUUCUACACCACCAUGGGGUCGGCCACGGAGACUUCAGAGCUGAUAAUCUCCUUCUACACCUUGAAGAUACAAGCAGCCUCAGUAUGGACCAAAUGCAAGAUCUACUCGGUCUACUCAACACAGAAGAUGUUAGGAGACUUGACGGUGCACCCCCGGGACCGCGCGCUCCAGCAUUCCUUGUUGAACCAGUAGACUUAUCCAAGCUACCUGUUAAGAAUGAGAUUGCAAUAGUCGGCUUCGAGUUGUCGUACCACGCCAAACAGCCCCGCAAGUACUUAGAUAUCCCCUUCAAGAUUGCAGCCCCGGAAGCCAUUCUCGGGUGUUAUCCGGGCCUCAGCAGCGAUGUGUGGGCACUGAUAUGUACUUUCGGGGAUAUGUUGGCUGAUACGCUGACAUUUGAAGACUUCGCGUCAUACGUGCUUUCGUUGGAGGUAGCUUUAGGGCCCCUACCUCACCCGUACCGGAGAGAGUGUCUAAAGAAGUGGAGAACCGAUGUUGAUCUACAGUCAGCAUGGCGCCAUCUUUGCAGAGAAGAUGAAACGUUGCCGGAGGGGGAGGUGCGGCCACUGUCGUGUUCAUAUCGACAACUGGUUCAAUACAAGGAAAACUUCGCCGAGGAGAGCGGGUACAUCGACUCCUUUGCAGCGAAGAUCAGCGAAGGAGAGGUAGCUGACAGAUUAUCUCGGGACGAAGUUCUCAUGUUCGCAAAUCUUUGCAGCAAAGUGCUGAGAUAUGACCCGGAUGAAAGGUUAACGAUAGACGGGGUUAUUCGACACGAUUUGUUUAGAGGGAUCGAUAUCCACAACACGCUACGAGUUAGGCCUUCGCCUGUUGAGAACAGGUCUAUCGUAGAGCAGUCUAUCAAUCAAGUAGAAGGCCCGCAUUCGGAGAAAGUGCCGGCGAUAAAAGCAACCAGUAUCUCAACAUCCGGGCACCAAGUCCAACAAGGGAUCAGAGGCUCGAAGGGUACUUUGCACGCGAAGGAGACGGGACAAUCCCUCACGCCCGACCCAAAAUCUGCGGACGACUUGCCUGCAGUUCAAACUACCAAUAUGAUCAAACUGUUAUUCGUAGGAUUUGCGGCUUCCACGGCCAUGUGCGCGCUGCUUGCCGCCCUGUUCUUCUUUGCUGCGAAAGCACACGAGACCUCAUCGGCACAGAACGCAUGUGCGCCUGGCUUCGUAUAUGCGCAGACCAGGAAAUUGACAGACCAGACGACUUUUUUCGAAGGCGCUGUGACAUUUCCCGGACAGGAAACGCUAGAUGAUGGAACUCAAUGCCCCGUGUUUAGAGAUUUGAACAUUGACUCUGAGGUGAAGAUCUUUAAAGGAUGA